UGAGAGGCUGAACGCCGACGGUUGAGUGGCUGCGGGUGUGCGCUUCCGGCCCUUGCCUCGACGUCGGCCGGGUGCAAAGGGCGCCUGGACAGUCUCUCCCGCCUCCGUCUUACGCACUCCUCCAACUUAGAGGCCCUCAGUCUCGACUCGUCUCGUUGUAGGCCUUGACGCCAUGAGCAACAAAGAAGGAUCAGGAGGGUUCAGGAAAAGGAAGCAUGACAAUUUCCCACAUAACCAGAGGAGAGAAGGGAAGGAUGUUAAUUCAUCUUCACCUGUGAUGUUGGCCUUCAAAUCGUUUCAGCAGGAACUGGAUGCGAGACACGACAAACACGAGAGGCUCGUGAAACUCAGUCGGGAUAUAACUGUGGAAAGUAAGAGGACAAUCUUUCUGCUCCAUAGGAUUACAAGUGCUCCUGAUAUAGAAGACAUAUUGGCUGAAUCAGAAAUUAAGUUGGAUGGUGUCAGACAGAAGAUACUGCAGGUGGCCCAGGAGCUCUCGGGAGAGGACCUGCAUCAGUUCCAUAGGGCCAUUACUACAGGACUACAGGAAUACGUGGAAGCCGUCUCUUUUCAACACUUCAUCAAAACACGAUCACUUAUCAGCAUGGAUGAAAUUAAUAAACAAUUGAUAUUUACAACAGAAGACAGUGGGAAAGAAAAUAAGACUCCCUCGUCCGAUGCCCUGGAGAAGCAGUUUGAUUCCUGGAGACUGAGGAUCACGCCCGUGGACUACCUGCUGGGCGUGGCCGACCUCACGGGGGAGCUCAUGCGGAUGUGCAUCAACAGCGUGGGCAACGGGGACAUCGACACCCCCUUCGAAGUCAGCCAGUUCCUGCGGCAGGUUUACGACGGCUUCUCCUUCAUCGGCAACACUGGGCCUUACGAGGUUUCUAAGAAACUGUACACCUUGAAGCAGAGUCUGGCCAAGGUGGAGAAUGCUUGCUAUGCUUUGAAAGUCAGAGGUUCAGAAAUUCCCAAACAUAUGCUGGCAGAUGUCUUUUCAGUGAAGACAGAAAUGAUUGAUCAAGAAGAGGGCAUUUCCUAGAGUGACGCGACUCAGUGAUUAUCUCCUAGGGGAGGCCAGUUUGUAAGACUGUUAUUUAGUAUUGCAUUUGACUUUAUUGUGGCUUUUACAUAGAAAAGUUUUAGUUUUUCUUGUUUUAGAUUAUAUACAAGUUGUACAUAAAAUGACUGAAAUGAAUCAUUUUCUAUAUCUUAUGAAAGUUGGCAUACAGAUAUUUGCAUAUAUGCCCAUUUGAGUUUUUGCUGGCUAAAUUUCAUCACUUACCUUUGUGAUGUGAACACGCUUCAGAGCACUUUCUGCCAUACCUGGUUUAAUACACUUCGUGUGAGUUGUUGAGUGGUAAUAGGUAGUGGAAGCCAUUUGGAAUUUAAGUUGGUGGUUUCGUUAUGUGUGAAAAGAUUUCUUAGUUACACAUCUGCACUUCAGCUUUUUGUUUCAAUUUCUUGGUACUAUUGUGUCAAGCCUCCAAAAUAGGCUUAGUCCAUAGAGCAGAAUUAAAAAUUACUAAGUUAUCAAUAUACUUGAAUUUUAUGUGGCAUUAUGGUAAAAGUUCGCAUUAUAAUCUGGCUCAUUUGGGCCAUUUUCAGUCUGUUGGAAACAGCCUUCCAGAAAAGUUGGCAGAGAUCCAGCUGUCAGUUUCUGCGUGUAGCUUUUGUUCUUUAUCACAGGGAAUUUGAGCUGGUAUAGUAGUAUUUCCACUGCUGUUUGAAUUAUAUACGUGUACAUAACUAAAAAGCUUUCAGUAAUGAUUAUUUAGCAACUUUUUUGUUGUGUUAUAGUAACAUCAGGCAUGUUUAGAGACUUUCCUAUUCUAGCAUCUAUAAGAGAUGACAUUUAAGUAAUUUUAAUGAAGUUUUGAAAUUUUUGAAAUACUAAAUUAAUGCAAACCUUUAUAGUUGUCCAGUUGUAUUCGUUGAUAGUAUAAAAAGUUGCCAAAGAAAAUUUAUCCUGUACAAUUCAGCAAUAAGACGACGCCCACGCGGCUGGGGACCCAGCGGUGGUUUCUGGUCAGGUUGGGGGGGGGGGGCGCGGGGGGGCGCCGGCGGAAGUCAGUCCCAGCUCCUCCCCUACGGUGCGAGCAGACCUUUCCGUCUGGUUUCGUGAGCUUUGAGAAGUCGGAUACUGGGUUUUAGUUUUGGAAAUAUUAGUUGCUCUGUUUUUAAGAGCUAAUUCUUUGAAAGUGUAAUUUCCCCAAAAAAAUUACCUGGAGGAAAAAAAAUGGGCAUGCCUAAUAAAGCGGUUGCUUGUUUGCUCGUG